GCAUAUUCGAAUCCUUUGGCCACGUCGGUCGCGAGAGGUUCGAUGCGGAAAAAAAAAAAAAAAAAAUAAAAAUCGUCAAAACGACCAAGUCAUCGGAUUUUUUCCAGUAAAAUGGAGAACGCUCGGUCCAAUCUCGAGGAGGAUGCAGCUCGAUGGAUCAAUUCGAGAGACGCGGAUUUCACGGUUCGAGGAAAAUUCUUGUUCCAUCAUUGGAUUGAAUGAUUUUCCUUUUCCCUUCCCAUUAAUCGAUAUUUCCGAAAAAUUUCAGGCACGUUUUCUCACCGACACGCGUGGAAAUAACAACGAAAAGAAUAACGAGAAAUUUGCCUGAAAGUUUGAACUCCUUCCUUCCUUGUUCCCAUAUCGUUUGGUGGGGGUUGAAACUAACGAUACCAGGUUCUAUUCUUCCUUCCUCCUUCCACUUUAAUCUGAAUCUCUCAGUCCCCUUGUAUUAACAAGCCGCUAUCGGACCAAUGUGUUCGAUCCACGGUCCUAAAGACUCUGCUUUUGCUCUGGUAAUCGCUUGAUAUGAGGGCCGCGAAUGCGUGAAUUGCGGCGCGACAUCGACGCCACUGUGGAGACGAGACGGUACCGGUCACUACCUCUGCAACGCUUGCGGCCUCUACUACAAGAUGAACGGGCAGAAUCGACCUCUCAUCAAGCCGAAACGACGGCUGUCGCUGCAGAGUGCGGCGAGGCGGGCGGGCACCAGCUGUGCCAACUGCAAGACCGCGACCACCACGCUCUGGCGAAGGAAUCAGGCCGGAGAGCCAGUCUGCAACGCGUGCGGCCUCUAUUACAAACUGCACAACGUGAACCGGCCGCUCACGAUGAAGAAGGAGGGCAUCCAGACGAGGAACAGGAAACUGUCGUCGAAGAGCAAGAAGAAGAAGGCUGGCGGUUGUCUGGGGCUUGGUGGCGUGAUGGGUGAUAUGAUCAAAGCCAGCGGCCACCUCGACCUCGACAACAAACCCUUCCACUCAGGCUUCGGUUCACCCAUGAGUACGUCGCAGCAUCAUCACACGAUGCAUCCAGCGAUGCAGCACUACAUGUAUCACACGGGGGUGGGGGUAGCGGGUGGGCUUCACCAGGGAUUCGCGCCCCCUGCGCCGCCACCAAUCCACCCCCACUCGCACUCGCACUCCCAUUCCCAUCACAUGACGAGUCUUCAGGGUCUCCAGUUGGCAGCCACGACGAACGCGAUGACCGGUUGGCGAUCGGAGUACACAUGAAUCGUGAACGAUCAACAGCUCAGGACGCAGCCCACCACUCUCGUUCUAACGUAGAUCGCGAGACCCGAGCUCUCCUCUCUUUCUCUCUCCGCGAAUUAUACCGAGAGACGUUCGAGAGGCGCGGAAAAAAGAAACGAAGGAAUACGUGAAAAAAUCGGACGAGUCGCGAAAACGCAUGUUUCCCCCUAUUUUUUUCUUUCUCUCUCUCUCCUCUCUCUCUCUCUUUCGUUUCUUUCUUUCUUUCGAAUCCGUACCCUUUUUCGUUUCGCGAUCUCGAAUGUAAAUAUGUAAAGUUUCGCACAAGGUAAGGGCAGUCGAGCCCAGGCCCCAAGUACAAACGAAGUCAAGCUAAAUAACUCGUAUCGUGUCUAAUUAGACGUGCUCCUGUAAAUAGACGAACAAUUAUAUAUAUAUAUAUAUAUAUAUAUAUAUAUACAUACAUCUCUAUAAAAUCGCAAGAGUUUCUAUUAACGUGAGUGCAUAAAAGCGUGAAAUAAAAGAAGAA